AUGGGAAAAGCUACAAGGUGGUUGAAGGGCCUGCUGGGGAUAAAGAAGGACAAGAAAAAUGUGGAGAACAAUUCAAAUUAUGGCGAAAAGAAAACGGAGAAAGGAUGUAGUUUUGGCAAGUCAGGCGAGGACUUGACAAAAAAUAAUCUGGCCGGGGACUCGCAGUGGCUAAGAUCUUACAUUGCUGAGACAGAUAAGGAGCAGAACAAACAUGCAGUUGCGGUGGCAGCCGCCACAGCUGCGGCUGCCGAUGCUGCCCUUGCUGCCGCACAGGCGGCUGCGGCUGUUGUGAGGCUCACAAGUCAACGCAGAGGGGCUGUGUUCAACGGAGGAGGACGGGACUUGAGGGCUGCUGUCAAGAUUCAGACAGUUUUCAGAGGUUAUUUGGCCCGAAAAGCUCUUAGAGCCCUAAAAGGACUGGUGAAGUUACAGGCUCUUGUUAGGGGAUACCUUGUGCGAAAGCGUGCUGCUGCGACUCUACGCAGUAUGCAAGCUCUCAUUAGAGCUCAGGCUGCUGUUAGGUCUCAAAGAGCUCGUAAUUCGAUUAACAGCUGCAGAUUUAUGCCAGAGUUGCAAGCUAGAAAGUCCAUAGAAAGAUUUGAUGAAACCAGAAGUGAACUUCAUAGCAAGAGACUCUCGACCUCUUACGAUCCUUUAAUGAAUGCAUUUGAUGAAAGCCCGAAAGUAGUGGAAAUCGACACAUACAAGCCCAAAUCAAGGUCCCGGAGGAUGAGCACUACCAUGUCAGAAUAUGGCGAUGAGGAAUACUAUCAGGCAAUGUAUUCUCCUCUUCCAUGUCCAUACCCUGCCCGUUUAUCAAUACCAGCUUGUCGCCAGCAUCACGAUUCCGACUGGAGCUACACGACUGAAGAUUACAAGUUCGCCUCGGCCCAUAGCACUCCCAGAUUUAUGACUUCAUGCCGUGCCAAUGGUCCAGUUACACCAGCCAAGAGCGUGUGUGGAGAUAGCUUUUUUAGGCCAUACUCCAAUGGCCCUAAUUACAUGGCAAAUACGCAGUCGUAUAGGGCAAAGCUGAGGCCUCACAGUGCUCCGAAACAAAGGCCUCAGUCGGGCACUAAGAAGAGGCUUUCACUUAAUGAAAUAAUGGCAUCAAGAACCAGCUUUAGUGGGGUUAGAAUGCAGAGGUCAGGUUCUCAAUUUGAAGAAGAUUUUGAUUUGUAG